AUGUUUCGUGCAUUGGACUUCCAAUAUUUUGCUUCAGACGUCUUACCUUCGGAACCACCGAGGGCUCUACACGAAAUCACCUUUGUGCAAAGCAUGCCUGAGCCGUUCAGCGUGGCUGCUUCAGCCAUUGGACUUGGCAUGACUGUGGUGACGAUAUUAGGCUUCUUCGCCAGCACUUUAGGGACCCUUGCUGACAAGCAGCGCGAAUAUGUUGACGCCGAUAUACGGCAAAGAAACUACCGCAAUCUUUUGCAUACCUACAGCAUGAAGGUUGAGAUUUGGUCAAAACAAUGGCUUGGUGAUCUCCGGGACCCCAGGCCUGAUGUCGAUUGCAUCCACUUUUGGGGACAAGAGGGCUUCCGGGGGAUCCAGCAACGGCUCGAAGACCUCCAAACAAUGCUCAAAGACUUAAAUCGUAAGAUUCUGAGAGAAACGAAUAUUUCCUCAAAAUUACUGUUCGCGUUUGUCACAAGCGCAGGCUUUCGGGACCGAAUAGACAGGCUCAGCAAAAUGGUCGAUGACCUGAACGCCGCUUCAACCAUAGCAUUCGAACAGCUGCAUCCUCGAGACCAAGCAGCCGACGACCAUUUAGUUCGACUUCUGCAUCUUAGGGACGGAAGAGUUGAAUUUUCUUCCUGGAUGAAUAGGCUCAAUGAACAGUUAGACCGAAUGGGCCCAUCAGGAUCUGACUCCUGGAGUCUUUUGCUCAAGACUCAAGCUGACGAAGAGGGCAUUAUACCGGAUGAAGCUGACAUAUCCGUCGAUUUUCUUGUUGAAAAUAAGCGGGAAGAAUCAAGCCACUGGAUUGCAUCGCUCGUAUACAGUCGGCAAACUCCUCAAGUUCCUCAAAUGUUCCUUGAUGAGAUGACUACACAUCCGAAAUAUCUUGGAGUCUCGAGAAGACCAUUUAGGUCAUCAUUGAGCCUUAGACCAACAACGUGGAAUUCUCUAAAGAAGGAAAGAUCAGAAGCCGCGCUUGGCCUGGCCACCUGGACCUUUCCGCUAGUGGAAACCGUUUGGGCAACGAACCUCUGCACAUGUCUUGUCGAUCUUGCUAUCUGUGAAGAAUCAUUCCGAACCUCCGUACUUAGCUUAAGGCGACCAAGGAAUUGCACCACCCACCAACGCAACGGCGAUGACUUAAGACGACAUACCUUCCUUCUCUUAGGAACAACCCUAGCGGAACUCAUUUUAGACAACGCACCGUCUUUUCGCGUUACAACAAGAUUUGACGAACGAAGUGAAACCGAGGGAGUGUUUGAAACGGAGAAAGAAACAGAUCAAGGGCCUUUAACAGAGACCUUGAGCGAGAUGCGUCUCCUUUCCAGAGUCAGCGAGAGAUCUCGAAAAUACAAGGAAGCUGUCAAAUAUUGCUUUGACCUAGAUCGACGAAUGGUCAUUAACAGCAUAUACUCGACCCAAGAUACUGACCAGUGGGUGAACAGAGUUCUCAAACCGUGGGUUAUUUUCCCACUCCCAAGUUUGCAACGAUAA